UGGUAAUUCCUACAUAAAGUGCGAGCUUUCAACAUUUUUGAACAGUUUCGUGAAAUUCGUGAUAAAGAAGCGGUGAUAAAAGCAUCAUUUGCAACUCCCACCUUCGUUCCCGUUGGAAGAUCCAUAAAAAAAACUGGACUGAAUCCACGGCAAAGGAUUCUACCUUAUUCUUUUCCCUUUACCUUAAAAGGAUCCUCCGAGUUUCGGAUCCGGGAAGCAAUCACCGAGGAGCAAAGCGAGCGCAAAAAACUUGAAGACUCUGUGAAGGUUUCCUCACGAUGGCUAGCAACAGUAACGCAUCCGCUGCCACCGUUAGCAACAAUCGACAAUUCGCCUUGCUUCCCAAAAUCGUCAAUGGUGGCAUUGCUGGAAUCAUUGGUGUGUCUUGUGUUUUCCCGCUUGAUCUCGUCAAAACUCGUCUUCAAAACCAGCAGAUAGGCGCUAAUGGCGAAAAAAUGUAUAAUUCAAUGCUGGACUGUUUUAAAAAGACAUACAGAGCAGAAGGUUACUUUGGAAUGUAUCGCGGAUCGGCCGUAAAUAUAUUAUUGAUUACGCCAGAGAAGGCCAUAAAAUUAGCAGCCAAUGACUUUUUCCGUCAUCAUCUUACCACUUCCAAUGGAACGUUACCAAUCACCCGUCAGAUGCUAGCAGGUGGGUUGGCAGGAUUGUGUCAAAUCAUCAUUACGACACCAAUGGAAUUAUUGAAAAUUCAAAUGCAGGAUGCAGGACGAGUUGCUGCACAGGCAAAGCAAUCAGGAAAAGUUGUACCGAAGGUUUCUGCGACCUCAAUAGCGUUGGAAUUGAUCCGGGCGAAAGGUAUUUCAGGGCUUUAUAAAGGAACUGGUGCAACUAUGUUGCGCGAUGUAUCGUUUUCCAUCGUAUACUUUCCUUUGUUUGCCACACUAAACGCUCUUGGUCCUCGUCGUGAAGAUGGAAGCAACGAGGCGGUAUUCUGGUGCUCGUUUCUAAGUGGGUGUGCGGCAGGAUCUAUGGCUGCCCUGUUCGUAAACCCUUUCGAUGUUAUCAAAACUCGACUUCAAGCAUUAAAGAAGGCUGAGGGAGAAAUGCAGUUCAAUGGUGUAAUCGAUUGUGUUGGGAAAACAAUGAAACACGAAGGUAUUAAAGCAUUCUUCAAGGGAGGACUAUGUCGUAUGAUUGUUAUAGCUCCUUUAUUCGGAAUAGCACAAAUGGUAUAUUUCUUAGGAGUCGCUGAAGCUCUACUUGGUAUGAAAUCUAACAAAUCUUAAAUUAAAGCGUGCGUUUCUGUGAGUCAUACUUUGGAGCAUCAGAAAAUAUGUGUUCUAUUUCGUUUUUAAAAAUUUGAUCAUUUCACAGUUAUUUCUCAAAAAAUCUAUUAUGUUUGUCGACACAACUAAUACGUAUGGUUAAAACACAAUGUAUGUUACUAUUGCCAGUAAUUUUAAUUUACUGAAUGUCACGUUUAUAUGUCAUUGUAAACGAAAUAAUUUGAUUAUUCCAUCCAUUUGACGGUUGGCAAAGCACUAUGGCCAUUUGUUUAUUCUUAGUUUCCCUUAAAUGCGAAUAAUAAGCAAAGCAAUAUACAAAAUUAUCAGGUAUUGCAAAAAAUUGAACAUUUUGACCCUGCUCUUUUCUGCUUUCAAUAUUUGUUUUGACCUACUUUUAAGAUUUUUUUUAUGAAUGAUACUGAUCGACGUGCGUUUGAUAUAGCAAAGGAGCUACGAUAAAUAAAAAAACACGAAAGAUAAAGUAUGCAUGACAAACCGUUGAGCCACGGAUGGAAUGACCUAGUCUGGAAAUAGCGGAUAACUCGAUGAACAAUACACUGAAACAUUGUAUAAAUCAUAAAUCAUACCGAAUCAAUUGGCUUGCAUUUCAGUCACGGUUUUGAUUCCCGGAAAUACAAUCUGUAAACAAAGAGCAUGAAUAUUAUAUCGUCACUAACUGCUUCGAAAUUAGUUGUGCAAUGGGCUCAAAAAUGAUAAUAUCAAGAUGCUUGAAGGGUAACUUGAUAAAACAAAAAUUAUUUGGGACAGUAAAGCAAAAGUAUAGCUAGUAAAGAUUCAACGCAUAUAUGAGCAUUGAUGUAAUAUUCAAUAAUAAUUUGUUUUUCGCUUGUUAAAUAUGUGAAUAUGUGAACACCCGUAACAGUUACGGUAUUCUUAUCUUUUUUAAAAUUUCAAAGUCAAAACGUUGGAAAUCUUAUAGUUGGUGGAAAUCUGAUGGGUGCCAUUUAAUGCGCGUGUAGCUACUAGGAAGUGCAGUUUGAAUCGACACAAUCUUUCUAAAGGAUUAUUCAAAGCAACGUGUAGCGUGUCAAUUUGAUGAAAGACAAUAAUAAGUGUGGCAUUUAGGUGGGCUUUUUAAACAUAACAUAUGAAAAGAAUGAUGUCCUAAUCAUCCGUCGAUUGAUGCAAAUGUGCAUUCUCCUGGGAGACGUGAGAUGUAAAAUGAAUGGAGUAAUAGUAUUGUUCGGGAUUCCUUAAAGCAUGUGGGGAAUUGUUUAACAGAGUACAUAGUUAGUUAAUCUAUGGUCUUAUAUGAGUGUUUUAAUCAAGUGUAUGGAGUAAUACAUGCAUGUUAUGAUAGGAGCUCUGUGAAAUAAAUAAUAAAUAUCAAAUUACCCGUAUAAAUAGCA